UUACACCUCGUCGUAAAGGUGACGAAUCUGGCUUUCUAACAAUGUAUAAAACAACACUGAUAUACAAAACACAAAAAUAUAUAUUAAAAAAAAUAUAUAAUGUAUGAUCAAGAUCCAAAUAUUAAAUUGAAAGUUAUUGUAGUUGGACAACAGAGCUGUAUAACAUAGAUAAGACAAGUGAGAGAAGUUGUAGUGGAAAGAGUAAGUCUGUAAAAAUGUGUUUUUAUAUGAAAGCAGAAACAAUCUCAACAAAUUGAACACUUACUGGAAGAGCGAACCAAAGCUUAACCCAACCCAAACCAAAAAUGAUGAACAGGUGAAGCAGGCUCAUCCAGACAACUUCUCACUGAGGUAAACUGGCAACUGGCCAUGUAAUGCUUGUAAGUCAUGAAUACGAUUUACAAAUGGAUCUAGAGAAACCUGAAGGCCGCAGCCUUUGAUGAAUAACUACUGAGUGACCCAUCAAUACCAGUAAAAAUGUUUCAAAUGUGUUUUCUCUAAUGAAAGAAUACGAGAUAAUUUUUUAAAAUAUUUAAUCAGAGUUUGUGAAGUUAUUGAUACAACUACAUAAUCCUUAAUUUAACUCAAUCAUUUUGUAUUGAUUUCAUUUCAAACAUGUAAAUAUCAAUCGUUCUGUAAAUGGCACUCGUCAUAAUCUGCGUAUUCUGUGAUGUUAUCUUUUGUUUUCCAGCUUAAAAAAAUGACGACACGUAGGAGGCUGUCUAAAACAUUGGAACAUUUGAGUUCUGGGGAGCUUGAAGAUUUCUGCCUACAUGUUGAAUUGGAGAAAGGUGUCCCCCUCCUCUCAGAACUCGAUCUAAAAUCAAUAUGCCCAGAGAAAAUAGAGGAGCUGAUGGUGAAGAGAUACAGCGAGGAGGAGUGUGUGAAGUUGACCAGAAAUAUCUUAAAGAAGAUGAACAGGACUGAUCUCGUGAAGAGAUUGCUUGACGACAGACGGGAGUCCGAAAAAGAACACUCUAUGGAUGAAGAGCUGCUUUCACUGACCCAGAGGGUGGAAAAGAUGACAUCUGUUAUAGAACUGCUUGUGGAAAUUAUAGCUUGCCUAACAGAAGACCAGUAUAAGGAAUUCAAGCAGUUGAUCAGAUAUGAAGGCUACGAAACAUAUAAUUCAUACAACCCUCGUUUGCUGGGGCAGACAAACCAUCAGGACACUGCGUGUGUUACAGUUUUGACUUUUGGCCAAAACUCUGUUGUGAAGACGAUGAAGAUUUUAAAGAAGAUGAACAGAACUGAUCUGGUGCAGAAGUUGUUGGAGACCAGCUCAAGUUUCAAAAAGAAACGCUCAGAUGAACCACGCUCUGUCCUGUUGGAGAAAGCAGCAACAAUUGCAGCUGUUAAAGAGCUGCUUUUGGAAAUCCUGCAUUCUUUAAAUAAUGGGGAGCUCAGGAAAUUCAAGAAGUUUUUGCUGUCGGCCUUUCAAGAGGACUCCAAAGACAUCCCACAUUUAUUGAGAUACUCAAACGACCGUACAGCAAUAUUGGAUGUGAUGGUGCAGACCUACGGGCGACAGUCUGUGGAUGAGACCAGAGAGAUUUUAAAGAAGUUGCACAGAGUUGAUCUCAUGCAGAUGUUUUCAGAGACUAGCUCAGAACCCAAAGUGGAUGAGCAUCAACCUCCAGUCUUUGAAAAAACGGUAAAGGAAGAUGUGGAACAUGUUCUUUCAGAAACAUUGAGUGGUUUGAAACUCAAGGAGUUUGAGAAAUUUAAGUGGGUGCUGCAGCUCACAUACUUCCAGAGGAGUUUUGCACGAAUCCAGUGGCACCACAUGAUGUCGGCAACAACUCCAGAUGAACUGGUGCAUCUGAUGGUGAAGAACCAGCAUCCUGUGGAGGUGACCAAAGAGGUUUUAUUGGACAUGAACAGGACUGAUCUAGUUGAGAUGCUGAUGGGGACAGACUCAGGACUUCAAGAGAAACAUCAGCCUGAACUGCCUCAUGAAAAAUCCACCGUAACAUCACUUCAUUGGACACUUUGGGAAACUUUGAGAGGCUUAAGAUAUGAAGAGCACGCGCUAUUCAAGCAACACCUGCUGCAUAUCGCCCAAGAAAAAGGCCUCCCAGCCCCAGAACGACAAGUGAAGACGGCAGGCAGAGAUGGUAUAGUGAUGCUGAUGGUGAACAUCUAUGGCCAACAGUCUGUUGAGCUGACCAAAGACGUUUUACAGAGAAUGAACAAGACUGAUCUGCUAGAGACGCUCUCAGGGACCAGCUCAGGAUUCAACACUGAGAAGAAACUUCAGCAAAAAGAUCCACAACAUAAAUUCACAAGAUCACUUCAUUGGACACUUCGGCAAACAUUGAGAGGCUUAAGCUAUGAAGACCAAGAACAAUUCAAGCAACACCUGCUGCAUAUCACCCUACAAAAAGGCCUCCCAGGAGCCCCAAAACAACAAAUGAAGACGGCAGACAUAUAUGAUAUAGUGAUUCUGAUGGUGGACAUCUAUGGCCAACAGUCUGUUGAGCUGACCAAAGACGUUUUACAGAGAAUGAACAAGAUUGCUCUGCUAAAGAAGCUCUCAAGGACCAGCUCAGGAUUCAACACUGAGAAUAAACUUCAGCAAAAGGAGCCACAAAAUCAGGAAUCAACCAUGACACCGGUCCAUUCACAGCUUUUAGAAACACUGGAAGAAUUAGGUUCAGGGGACCUGGAGAAAUUCAAACAUGUCUUGCUCUACACUAAAAUGAAAGAAGGGCUCCCAAAAAUCCCAAAGGACCAAGUGGAGACCGCAGACAAAGAUGAGAUAGUGAAGCUGAUGGUGGAGAUCUAUGGCCAACGCUGUGUGGAGGUGACUAAGGAUAUUUUAGAGAGGAUGAUGUAAAUAAAUGCACAAGGCUGCUUUAUUAAAAUAUAACGUUCUGUGACACUGUUCCAAUCGCACCUGGCCCACACAUAUCCUGAUGACUAGAGGCCUCUGCAUGAACAUCUGCUUUUCUUUGAAUUAAGAUACAGAAACUGUCUGGACUACUGUACGUUUAGUGCUAAACUCUUAAUCUGCCCUACAACAGAGUUUGUCUAUAUCCACCCCUCCCCUUUGAUACAAUGUAUGAAAGUUUGUUUCCCAUUUGCCCCUUUGAGCUUCUGACAGACUGUACCUUUUGUCCCACUCUGUGUGUUUGCUUCUUCUUACAUGAAUAAAAAACUCUCGAGGAUA